AUGGAAUGGUUGUAUUCAAGAAGAAGAGGUCCUGAAUGGAAACAAGGUUGGACCGGCCAAACCAUCGGUUCAAUAUCACUACCACCAUCUCCAUUACUCAUCAUUUUCGCCAUUGUCACUCUCUUAUUAUGGCUCUCUCAGUACACAAAUUAUAAGGCAGAAUUGCACCACUCAGCUGUCAACUUUCAGUUCUUCAUUUUCUUGCUUCCCACUUUUCUGAUACUGUUAUUGAUGGCUUCGUAUGCUGCUAACUGGAUGCCUAACUUACGUUUCCGGCAACCACCGCGGCGGAUUGAUCCGGUUCGGUCAGCUGAGGGAUCUUCACAGCCUUGGGGUAUUGCAGUGUUUGUAGUAUUGCUUUUGGUGUUGCUUUCGUAUCAAUCUUCUUUUCAUUCUAAGUGGUUUGGUCCUCUUAGGAGGUCGGAUUAA